AAUAACAAACACUGAGUUCUGUUCCAGUGGCUGUGUACAUAAAGUACGCAAGUAAAGGGUACUUAAGGCUAAAUGACGGCAUUGUUUUGUCGCGUACAUUCAUAAAUCCGUUUUUCUUGCAUGUUAAGAUUGACACGGGCGGCCAGUGGCAUGUAAAUCUCAUGCUUCACUAAUGAGCCAGCCUUCCAAAUGGAAAGGGGGCUUCGCUUUGGAAACGCGAGCGUUUCUCUGGUGCUCCUGCUCCUCCUCAACGCGGUCGUAGGACUCGGGACCCUGCACGCCUUGGGCUUGGUCGUCGCCGGCAGGGAGCGCCGGGGCUCGGCCGACGCGGAGCGGGCGGCGAAGCCGCGCCCGCCGGAGAGCGUCGUCGCGGCCGACGUGACCGUGGAGGACGUGGCGAGCGGCCCGCCCGGCGGCGAGGACGGCGCACACCGCGGAAGUGUCCCCCAGAGGAGGUCUCUGGUGAUCAUCAGCACCCUGGACGGGCGCAUCUCCGCGCUGGAUCCUCACCAUCAGGGGCGCAAGCAGUGGGACCUGGACAUCGGCUCGGGGUGCCUGGUGUCCUCCAGCCUCAGCAAGCCCGAGGUGUUUGGCAGCAAGAUGGUGAUCCCUUCUCUGGACGGCGCCCUGUUCCAGUGGAACCGCGACCGUGAGAGUAUGGAGGCAGUGCCUUUCAGCGUGGAGUCCCUGCUGGAGUCGUCCUACCGCAUCGGCGACGACACCGUCCUGGUCGGCGGCAAGUCGCUCACCACCUACGGCCUGGGCGCCUACAGCGGCAAGCUGCGCUACAUCUGCUCCGCGGUUGGCUGCAGCCGCUGGGGCGCCGACGACACUGAAGGCGAAGACGUGCUCCUGCUUCAGAGGACCCAGAAGACCGUCCGAGCCAUCAGGCCCCGCUCAGGGAUGGAAAAGUGGAACUUCAGUGUGGGAAACUUUGAGCUGAAACUCCUUUCCGAGGCGCAGUCGGCCAUCAACUUGCUGGAGGGCGAGGUGGCCAAAGGCGACUCCUGGUGGCGGGGGGAGCGGCAGAGAAUUAUCACGGAGGAGUCCAAAGAGCAGGCGCACAAGAAGAAGAACCACAACCUGGACCUGGUCAUCAAAGUGUCGGUCCCCGAUUGGAAGGUGAUGGCCUUCAGCGCCGAGCAUGGUGGACGGCUGGUCUGGGAACAUCAGUUCUGCACUCCCAUCGCCUCCGCCUGGCUGGUGGCCGGAGGGAAGGUCACCCCGAUCAGUCUGUUUGACGACACGGCCUACAGCAACCAGUCGGAAACGGAUGAAGAGGAUGACGACGGUGGUCCGGACAAAUCCAAAGAUGCUUCGGCGUCCAGCGUUUACCUGGGGAUGUUCCAGGGACAACUCUACCUCCAGUCCUCAGUGAGGAUCACAGAAAAGUUCCCGUCGAAAGCCAUCGGGUCCGAGAAGGACAUCAUUCCGCUUCCCACAGUCAAAUGGAAGCCUCUUAUCCAUUCGCCGUCUCGGACUCCGGCCUUGGUCGGCUCCGACGAGUUUGACAAGUGUCUGAACAACGAUAAGUUCUCCCACGACGAGUACAGCAACGGAGCCUUGUCCAUCCUGCAGUAUCCCUACGACAACGGCUACUACUUCCUUUAUGGCAAGCGCUACCGGGAGAAGCGGGACAGCGCGGUGAGUGUCAUCAAAAGAAGCGGCGCGCAGCCCGAGAGCGGCAGGGACAAAGACCCCGUGCUGCUGCUGCCCUGGUGGAAGGAGAUCCUGGGCACCAUCGUCUUCUGCAUCACCGCCACCACCUACAUCGUGCGCAAGUUCUUCCACCCGUCGGCAGCGGUCGGCGUCAGGCAACGUAAAGAGUCUGAGACGCAGUGCCAGACCGACAAGACCGACCUGGAGGUUGUCGAAUCCAAAGAGCCGGUCGCCGAGGAGACGCGCUCCAGCAAAUAUGUGUCCAGGUACCUGACGGACUUCGAGCCCGUGCAGUGCCUCGGCCGCGGGGGCUUCGGCGUGGUCUUUGAAGCGCGCAACAAAGUGGACGACUGCCACUACGCCAUCAAGAGGAUCCGGCUGCCCAACAGGGAGGUGGCGCGCGAGAAGGUGAUGCGGGAGGUGAAGGCGCUGGCCAAGCUGGAGCAUCCCGGCAUCAUCCGCUACUUCAACGCCUGGCAGGAAAGCCCACCCGAGGGCUGGCAGGAGAAGAUGGACCACAGGUGGCUGCAAGACACCAGCACCACCGAGUCCCCAAUGAGCUUUGUAGACCGCAUGGAGGCGCUGUCCGUCAAAGUCCCCGUGUCCUACUCUGUGUCGCCGAGCGGCGGCCCGGAUCCCGGCGCCGCUGAUCCGGUGGCGAUAGGGCACAAUCAUCACUCGCCGCUCUCCGGCAGCUCCGACGCCACCGUGUGCUCGGGCGUCAACGGAGGCGCGUCCUUCGACCUUCUCCUGGGCUGCGACAGCCUCGGGUCGGAGCCGGACAGCCAGGCCGAGCCGGAUGCGUCCGACACGCCCGACUCCUUCGAGCUGUGCCCGCCGCGCCGCCCCAGCGACUGCACCUCAUCCUCCUUCGACAUCGUCUUCGAGGACUCUGGAUGCGACCGGGACGCCGGGGUUGAAGCGGAAGUGGACGAGGAGGACUCGGCCUCCGGCGCCACCGGUCCGGAACCGUCCGGCGUCGGAAAAAACUAUUUGUCUCCCUUGCGCACCCGACAGUCUGAGAACAGCCAGCCCUCCUCUUCCUCGCCUCCUCGGCCCAACUCGCUCGCCCUGGCGUUGCCCGUCACUCUUCCCUGCCAGCGAGUGCUAUCUUCCCCCAAGGUGUAUCUGUACAUCCAGAUGCAGCUGUGCCGCAAGGAGAACCUGAAGGACUGGAUGGCCCAGCGCUGCCUGCCUGAGCAGAGGGAGCGCAACCAGUGUCUGGACAUUUUCCUCCAGAUUGCCGAGGCCGUCGACUUCCUGCACAGCAAGGGCCUCAUGCACAGGGACCUCAAGUGUACUGAAGCGCCGCGUCUCCCUCAGCCGUCCAACAUCUUCUUCACGAUGGACGACGUGGUGAAGGUGGGCGACCUGGGCCUGGUGACGGCCAUGGAGCACGAGGAGGACGAGCGCCAGCAGUGCGCCCUCACGCCGGCGCCGCUCCUCACGCGCCACACGGGCCAGGUGGGAACCAAGCUCUACAUGAGCCCCGAGCAGCUCUCCGGACACUCUUACUCGCACAAAGUGGACAUUUACUCUCUGGGCCUGAUCCUGUUUGAGCUGCUCUACCCGUUUCGGACGCAGAUGGAAAGAGUCAGGACGUUGACGGAGGUCCGGUCGCUCCAGUUCCCGGAAUCCUUCUCCAAAAACAACUUCCACGAGCUGAGUAUGAUGCUCAGCAUGCUGUCCCGCAUCCCCGGCGAGCGUCCCGAGGCGGCGGACAUCACCGGCCUGCCGCUCUUCCAGGACUUGGAGUUCCCGUGCCGGCUGACCGUGGCGCGACAGCGCUCGCGUACGUACAGCGCAUCGUCGGCGGGCGGGGGGCGACCCUCGCGACAGCCCUGCGCCACCUGAUGCACCCCCCGCUAACGUGACGGACCCCCAGAAAACAAUGUUUUUAAAUUUUUUUGUUUGUUUGUUUACACUACUGCCACUGAAUUCAGCCAAGUGCUUCCCGUGCUUGUGGACACUUUGUCCUCCCCAACCCCCCCCCAUCACGACUUUGUUUUGGCGGCACGGUUUCACGCACGCACAUGUGGUACACCUCAGGUAUGACAACCACGGGGAGAGGCCUUCAGUCACAUGCCUGGUUUGGAAGACCCCAAAAAUAGCAUGACCCUCUUUUUUCACUUUUAUUAUUUUCUUUCAAUGCGCAGUAGACAGGAUCCGAUUUGCCUUUGGGCCGAAGGAAUGGCCCAGCCGUCUGUUCAAGCCUCUACUUUAUCUUCUUCUUCUACUACUUCUACGAGCCCUUUCACACUGAGCUGGUUAACAGGUAGCGCCAUCUCCAACUAGUUAGCCUGAUAGCACACUUGCCAACGUUUACGAAUACUUUUCUAUAUAAAAUUUCCAAAAUUCGAGUUUAAACUUUUUUUUUCUCUGAGAAUUAGGACUUUUCUCAGAUUAGAAAAUUUUUCUUCUGCGUAAAAUGUCCACUUUUUCUGACUUUUUUUUUUUCUCCAUAGUUUUUUGCCUGUUCUUGGAAAAUCAGCGUUUUUCUCAAAAUAUGCCAACUUUCUACUUUGUAAAUUGGACUGCUGUUCAACUUUUAUUUUGUGCAAAUUAUAAGGGAAUUUAAAUAGUUUAUUUUUUCAUUCGCAUUUUUCUUUCAUGUUUUUCCGUUUUAAUAGAUUGUGUGGCAAAAUAGCAACUUUUUGGCAGUGGCUCAGUGUGAAAGCGUUCUCUUGGUUUCGGUGGGUGUUGUUGUUGUUUGUGUGUCCGUGUAGGCCUCGUUGAGCUUUUUGAAGGACGUUUUUGUAAAUAAGAUGAUCGACUUUUCGGAAUGUCUGUGCGUGGCGUCCGCUCGCCUCUCAUUGCAGUUUUCACAAUCGAAGAUCCUGAUGCCGUGUCCACAAGAAAGCUGCUAUUUUUGUUUCUUAUUUUGUAGAAAUGCUUUUGUAUUCUUUUUUUCUUUCGCCAUCAGAUCAAAUGGCCUCUCGGUCUUACAGUGCCCCCUAGUGCUUUGGCAUGUACAUGACAACCUGCAAUCACUUUUUUUGUUUUCUUUCGUAAACUGUGCUGUCAUUAUUCUUAUUCAAAUGUAGCUUUGCAUUUGUGGACAUGAGCCAAAGUAUGAAGAAGUAUUUAAAGCCUCGCUGGAAUUGAAUCGAAUUGUAGGAAAAUAAAGUUUUAAAGUCUUAGUUUUACUAUAAAAAGUUGGAAUGGAAUUAUGACUUUGUUACCAAAAUUACAACUGAUAAUCACGUCUUUCUUAAAAUGUAUAAUUUUCUCUGGAACCUUUUAUUUAUUUACAUGUUGUUGUAAUAUGAUUUGAUUCCUGGAAAAGUGCAACAAUGUAAACUUUUUAUGGGGUCAUGUUUUUUUUUUUUUUUUUUUUUUUCUGGAACAUUGACUAGUUUUCCUCGUAUAAUUUAAUAAUUAUUUUCUCUUGUAAUCUGAGAAGUAAUAAUUGUGACUUUAUUCCGGGGAAGAAAAAAAAAAAAAGACUGUCAUUGGUUUGGGACUUCAUUAUCAUACAACUGUAGCUUUUUUCUCUCACAACUUUAUUGUGGAAAAGUUUGACAUUUACAAUUAAAUUGUCAGGAAAUUUCGACUUAAUUUCUCGGGAGGUUUCCAACUUUCUCUCCUAAAAUGUUCGUUUUUCUCGUAACAUAAUGACUUUAACCCCACUGAAUUCUUUAACCCCCCCCUCAUUAUCGCAAUUAUAUUCUCGUAAAAUUAUGACUUUUGUUUCUCAUAUUAUGACUCCAUUCUUAGGGAGAGAAAAAAAAAACUUGUCCCUCAGAAUAUUCUCAAAUUUUUGGCCUAAUUGUAUGAGUUGAUUUAGGAUUUUUCAGAUUGUCCAAUAUGUGCCGAAUCUCUGUUGAAAUCCUGGACCUGGUGUCGGUCACGUGAUCCAAGUGCUGAGAGUCACGUGACCCCGUCGUGUGCUCCCGCGAUUGUCAUUUUCUAACGUUUUUGGGAUAAGAGCGUUUUUUAAAAAUUCUUAUUGUUGUUGUUGUUCUAAUUGUUAUGCAGCGUUUUUGGAAGCCAAGUGACGUUCGUGCACUGGGCCUUCCGUGCUGCUUCUUCAAAGUGAGUCAGGCACACAACGUUGCGGACAAUCGCUACAUCAUCAUCAUCAUCGUCGUCAAAAGUCAAGUCAUCAUGGAUGCUUCCUCUUUUGUUUGCAGAGAUAUCGCUGCCUUUUGUUGGGCUCUUGACUGAGAGGAAGGAAAAAAGAAAAUGUGAAGGCGCAAGUUGUUCUACUUUGUUUUAAAAAAAUAAUAAUAAUUAAAAAAAAAAAAAAAAAAAAAGGUGUCUCGCACAUGUUCUUUUCUGUGCAUAAAGGAUUGUAAAUAUGUUGAUUUAGCUUUUUAUUUAUGUUCCCAUGCUGUUGAUCAAUCCAUUUGGGGUUGGCGUUUAUUAACGAGAAUUUGACUUCUUACAAGUCUGACUUUAAUAAAACUUGGGGAAAAAAAAAACAA